CUAUAUAACUGUUAUGUACCUUGUAGCUACUCGGAAUGUAUCUUUGAACGAACCUAACAUCGUUGGAGAGAAGCAAUUAACUCAAACGCUCAAACGGAUAAUUAAAAAGCGCUGUAGCUAUUGUUUUCUACAUUUCUUUUUCUCUUUUGCGCGGCCAUAAUGUCUGAUGAGGAAGAGGACUAUAUGUCUGAUGCAUUUCUGAGUAAAAUACCAGAUGUGAAGCCAGGUGUCAGCAUGGUGAGGCGAGUUAAGGAAGCAUUGAAGAAGGAGACACAGCAAAAGGAGACGAACAUUAAAAACCGCCAAAAGACCUUUAAGGAGCAGGAGAAGGAGAGCAGAGAGGCAGCUUUACAAAACUCAAUUUGCAAUGCAAACAAGGGAUUUGCCCUUUUGCAGAAAAUGGGUUACAAAGCUGGCCAAGGCCUCGGGAAGGCGGGAGCAGGAAGGGUUGAUCCAAUUCCUCUUAAUAUUAAAACCGACAGAGGUGGCAUUGGAAUGGAAGAGGUGAAGAAAAGAAAAGCAGAGGAGGAACUUGAACAUUAUCGUCAGAAAGUACGAGCCAGGCAACAGAAUGAGACCAAGUCUCUGGAAGAUUUUAGGUCAAGAGUAAGGACAGAGAGAGAGGAGCGAAAGAUUGAAGGAGAUCUCAGAAGGAGUCAGCGAGCCUGUGAGCAGCUUGACAGUCAGAAGGGCAUCACUGUGCCUAGGGAAGACUGGUACUGGCCUAAAGCAGAGACGGAUGAUGAUGAUGACGCUUUUAAGGACGAGGAGGAGGAGGAGGAGGAGGAGGAGAAGGAGGAGGAGGAGGAGGAGGAGAUUGUGGAAUUAACCUCAUUUGACAAGCUGCAAAUUUUGACAUCCUAUUUGAGAGGAAUCCAUUUUUACUGCAUAUGGUGUGGGACAACAUAUAAUGACGAAGAGGACUUGUGCUCCAACUGUCCCGGGGAUACAGCAGUAGACCAUGAAUGAACUUAAUAAAAACAUGCACAGUAGUUCCCAGUGGAAAAA